UUCUAUGCAUGUGUUCCAAAUUGUAAUACAACUAACGCGCGAAGACAGCGUAAACAGAUUAUAGGCAGCGCCUGAUAGUCGCGCCGUAGUUCGCGCCGCGCGUUGUACCUCGGCAAAUGUAACUCCUCACGCCAGUCAUGACUCUCCGAAUUGCAGCGUGUUUUACGCCUCGGUCGCGUAGUAUAUGAUCAUGGCUAGAAGGUGCUUUGGGUAGCCAGAGUAUCGACACGUUUGCCUUGCAGUCCGUCUCCUACAUCGAUAUGCCGUCCUCCAACAUCCCCGUGAUCAUCGGCGUUGGCGACAUCAAGAACCGCUCAACUGCCGUCACGGACGCGAAAGAGCCCGCAACAUUGAUGCUUGAAGCCAUUCAAAAGGCCAUCAGCGACACUUCGUCUACUUCGAAUACCGAUCUCCAGUCAGCGAUCGACAGCGUCGAUGUCGUCAAGACAUGGACUUGGCCAUACCCGGAUCUGCCAGGGCUUCUGGCAGAGAAGCUGGGGAUUGAACAGAAACUAAAGUGGAAAAGAUAUUCUGAGCAUGGAGGUGACAAGCCAGGGAAGCUCCUCGACGAAGCGGCGAAAAGGAUUGCGAAAGGCGAAUGUAAAGUCGCGAUUGUAACUGGGGGUGAGGCGUUAGCUUCGUUAUCAGCAUGCGCAGCUGCAAAGAAGCUUCCUCCGCCAGGCUGGACAGCGCCGUCUGAAGCCGUAGACUCGGUCUUCACUCCAACAGGCCGCGACCUAGGAAAUAAUGCAGUGUCCUCUCUUUGGCAAACACUCUCCUCUACUGACUCUUGCGAAGACCUUGGCGCUAUUCAUAGGAUUGGUGCACCAAUACAUGUUUAUCCACUUUACGAGAACGCAUUCCGUGCGCAUCGCGGCCAGACACCAAAGGCAAACCACCAAGAGAGCGCAAAGUUGUAUGCCGAGUUUUCCGAAGUUGCGAAGAAUAAUGAAUAUGCAUGGAAUUACGGAAGUUCAAGUAGUGAAGAAGAGAUUGGGACGGUUGGGAAAAGGAACAGAAUGAUAUGUCAUCCUUAUCCCCUGCUUAUGAAUGCUUUCAACACGGUCAACCUCGCCUCUGCCAUUAUUCUUACUUCAACUUCUUUCGCCAAAGAACUAGGGGUAUCAGAGUCAAAAUGGAUAUAUCCACUUGGUGGCGCAGGAACGAAGGAUGCGGACGAGUUCUGGAAAAGACCGAACUUCUACUCCUCGCCUAGCAUUGCGCGUUCUAUUGAUGCAAGCUUGAAGGUUUCUGGCGUAAGAAAGGAAGAGAUGGAUAUCGUUGACAUCUACUCGUGUUUUCCGAUCGUUCCUAAAAUUGCCGCGCAGCAUCUAGGGCUACCUGUUGUUGGUGGUGACAAACCAUUGACGAUACUUGGCGGUCUGACGUCGUUUGGUGGAGCUGGCAACAACUAUUCAAUGCACGCGCUCACUGAGAUGACAAGACAGCUAAGAGACGGUAAAGGCCGCAGGGGACUGGUGCUCUGCAAUGGCGGUGUUCUGAGCUAUCAGUACGUCGUGAUCUUAUCGAAAGAGCCCAGGAAAGAAGGAGCUUAUCCCACAGAGAACCCGCUUCCACCACAGAUCACCGAUGUUCCUGCGCCAGAGCUUGCCUCUAAUGCAGAGGGUGAGGCUGUCGUCGAGACGUAUACCGUAGAGUUCAAUCGCGACGGCAGUCCGCUUCGAGGCCACAUUAUCGGUCGCUUGAAGAACAGUAACAAACGCUUCCUUGCGAAUCAUGGAGACGAUACCACAAUGCUACAGAUGUCUAGCGGGGCAGGAGAAGUUGUUGGUAAAAGUGGAUGGGUGUGGCAAGAUCCGGAAAAGAAAGGAAGGUCGCUCUUUGCAUUCGCAAAACCAGCAAAGCUGUAACAACCUACCAAUACUCGAGCCGAACAGAGGCUGUGAUCUAAUUCAUUAAUCGCGGGCUACUGGUAUUUGUAAAUUGAAGCCUUUCUAGGCCAUGAGACGCCCACCCCCAAAUCUGCUCCAUCCCUUCGGCUACUUGUUGAGCCCGAAUCCCUCCAAUAAUGCACUUGGGAUCUUUAUCACAGCUUGUACACGCUUUGUGCCUCCACCAUUGCGGCUCACCACCUGAUCACUUGAAAGCUUCUAUAGAGCUAUCCUAGGCUUACACAUCUGGAUUUUGGGGUAACUUUGGUGUAGUGUCUACCACCUGCUCACGCCAUGUUCUCGGUUAAGUUGCCGGUCAGUAAGGAUAGCAGGGAGAUGGAAAAGUAAGAUCGGAGUGGUGUUGAAGUGACUAUUGCCAUGACAGAAUGUCUCGAGGAUAUUAGGACGGUUAUUGAAAGGAAGGAGGUUGAAUUUGAGGUAUACUGGUAAUUCAGGC